CGGGAUUCUGCGCGCAGGGUAGUGAGUGGGGCCUGUGAUUUUUCAAUAGAUCUUAUCUAGAUUUAUCUGACCAAUCAGUGACAAUGAAAGAGCAUACUUUAAUUAAGACAUAGAGGUUCACCUUUACGUGGAAAUCUGUUCAUUUUCGAAUCUGGGGUAUUCUACAGAUAGAAGAUGGACAACAUAGCAACACUUUGGCGUCCAUGGAGAUCCUCGUCGGCUAAUAUAAAACUUACCGAUAUGCUGUAUGAUGCACCUGUAUCACUUGUCAACACGUCAAAUGUGACCUUAUCUACGUCACUUGGCAGAGUGGCAUGGUAUUCAGUUACAUUCUUGUUGAAACUAGGCGUGAAUUUUGCUGGUUUUAGGUUCAGUUUUUCUAAGUCACAAUCGUCCAUCUUGUAUUUCGCGCAUUGUCAUGACACACCACAAAUAAAUUCCAGGAAAAUAAAAUGCCGAAAUCAGAAACUAAACAAGAUGAAAUAUUGAGUGAAGAAGGAAAAUUUAAGCUUAAAGCUAGUGUUUUCAUGGUUGCUAUGACAGGAAUGUCUUUUGCUGGAGGCUUUGGAGCAGCAUUAGCAAUGGCAAAGAAGAAAGAUCCAGAUAGCUUUAACAAGAGUAUCAUUGGAACUAGAGACCAACCAAUUGGUGGGGGCAGUUUGGCUGCUAGAGCUUUGGGACGUGCAACAGUAUAUGCUGUAGGGGGCUUCUCCAUCUUCUGUUUUGCCAUAUGGAAACUUAUUGGUGCCAAAAAUAUGGAGGAAUUUAGAGAAAAGAUUGGAACAGUUGUUCCUAAAGCACCAAGGAAUCCAUCAGGAGGGAGAACAGAAUUUAAAAACUUGACUGAAAUAUUUCAAUAUGUUAUUGAUGAGGACAAAAAAUCUAAGGAUGACACUUUAACAUCUACUGGCACUACAGAGAAUGCAUCAGAAACUUGAUAGUGAUUGUGAAAAUUUGUGGUUGAACACUUGAUUUAAAGUGCAGAGCCUCAGGGUCUCUCUGUUGUGUUCUGUCUAGUCAUUUCUAAUGCUGUCAAAUCUAGGCUCACUUAACUUUGUAUCAACGGAGAGGCUUCAGAGGGGCUAUGAACUGUAGCAAUGACUAAACAUUACAGUUUGAUUAGUUUCUGGGAUGAAACCAGAAGACCUUGACAUUUCAUAACCCUACCUAUUUUUUGAUUUUAUACAAUACAAUAUAAAUAUACACACCACAUUGAAGCACAUAUCGGCCAAAGUAAAUAAUAUUUUUUUGCUUCAGUAAAAUUAAAAUUGAAAUCUGGCUAUGACCACAAGUGUGUUCACUGAUGUCCGCACAAAACGGUAUUUCAAAUUCUGCUUUGGGUUCAUGUAUAUGUAAAAAACAUGUACAUUCAAACUAAUUUCUCAAAAUAGGUACCGUAUCAGCUUUAAAAUUUUGUGAAUACUGUAGAAAUUGACAUUUAUAUUUCACCAAUACUAUUUCAAUCACAAAUAUUUUGUAAACUGUG